AUGCAAAACGAUCGAAGUUUAACCUUUCCCUCCUCUCAACUUGCAGGUCAACGCCUGGACACUUUUUGGACCGGCAGUGAGAAGAAAUGGAUAGGAGUGGUCGCUUCUCUGAUUGAAAUCUUCUUCUUUGGAGCAUUUUUCUACGGGAUAAACAGUUUGAUACCUGCGUACACGGAUAUUGGAGUUUUUGAGCAGUUUUGUAAUGGCACCGACUGUAGUCGACAAAAUGUCAUGUUCUCUUAUGCAUAUAUCCUGGGCCUUUUUUGUCAGAUGUUCUUCUCUCCCUUGACCGGACUAUUAAUGGACCGAAUAGGGCUGCGAGUUGCAAAAUUAGUUGCCGUCUCCAUUUACACCACCGGAUCGUUGAUGUUUGCCUUCACGAAUGGGAAUACCUCAUUUUUGCUCUUUCCAGCAGUCGUCUUUGUUGCCAUAGGUUCCCUUGCCAAUUUGUUUUGUAAUUUCUUCAUUAGUAACUGGUUUCCAAAGCAGAAUGGACUGCUUCUUUCUCUGCAGAACGGUGCCUUUGAUUCGAGUGCAGCCAUUGCGUUUUUCAUAUCACAGACAGUUCCUCAGAUUUCGUUACAAACGUCUUUUAUUCUGAUUGGAGUGAUCAGUGCCGUCUAUGGUACGUUGAUGGGUUUGCUGUUUCUCAAACAAUAUGGAAGUGACAUGGACCUACCACCACCGGAAAUAGUGGAGGAAUCGUUGGUCGAAGAUGAGGUACACAUAAAAGAAAAUGGAACGCUGGCCAUAGAAAACGUGGAUAUGGAAGUGACUAGAGUUAUUAGGAGACGUUAUCCAAACUUGAAAUCUUGCUUUUUGUCAUCACCGUACGCUCUGAUAAUGUUCUAUUCACCCGCUGGAAAUCUGCGUUACUCUUACUACAAUAGCAGUCUGAGUAAACAGCUAAAUCGGUCUUUUGGGAACGACAAGCAAACUGUGGAUGAGCUGUUGGAGGCAUUUUCCGCUGUGGCCCUAUUCGCCUUCUUUGUUGCCCCCGUCAAUGGGCUUAUUUUUGAUGCAUCUAGGAAGUACUUUCAAAGAAAGUUGGCACGUCAACUGCAGGAUUCCAAACAAAAGCCACCCGAUGAAGAAAUCUAUUGGACUCAUAUGCGAGCCAUGUAUCCUGUUCUACUGAUCACAGCAACGCUUACUCUAUUGAUGACCAUCACACAAUUUUUCCCCGGACAUCGAGCUCUAUUUUACAUACAAUUUGUUAUUGGCAUCUCAUUUCAAACAAUGUCGGCCAGUUUGAAGGCCACAAAUGUGAUGCUCGGUUUCCCAGUCGAACACUUUGGCACACUAAUGGGUGUUUCAUGCCUGUGCUCAGCAUUUAUGGCCCUGAUCCAGAUAGGAUUAUUACAGGCACCACUUAAUGUGGCCGAUGGAAUAAUGCUACUCAUUAGUGUCAUGCUUUACAUUCCCCCAUUAUUUUACAUAUUUAAAAAAAGAUAA